GUUAACUAGAAACUAUUUGAGUCAUGAUUCUUUGAUUCUAUUCAAUUGCAUUUUGAUUAUUGAGUUUUAAAUACAAAAGUGAGUUUUAGAAGUAUAGUUUCCAAUCUGAAUUUGCAAUGGGUGCCGUAUUAGGCCUUUGUUCAGCAGCUCAGAUGGCAUGCUGCUGUACCAGUGCUGCAUGCUCUCUGUGCUGCUCAGCAUGCCCAUCAUGUGCCAAUUCCACUUCUACACGCCUUAUGUACACUCUCAUGCUGCUAUUAGUAAUGGUGGCAGCUUGUGUAACACUUGCACCGGGGUUACAUGAACAAAUGAAAAAGGUACCAUUUUGUGAAAAUUCAACUGGAAUAGUUCCGGGGAAUUUUAAAGUUGAUUGUGAUCAAGCUGUUGGCUACUUAGCAGUAUACAGGAUCUGUUUUGCAGCAUGUCUCUUUUUCGUUCUAAUGGCAUUGAUAAUGAUUGGAGUGAAAUCAUCGAAGGAUCCCAGAGCUGGUAUACAGAAUGGGUUUUGGGGAAUCAAAUACUUGGUUGUUAUUGGAGGUAUCAUCGGUGCUUUCUUUAUACCUGAAGGACAGUUUGCCUCGACUUGGAUGGUGUUCGGUAUGAUAGGAGGAUUCUGUUUCAUUAUCAUCCAACUAAUAUUGAUUAUAGACUUUGCCCACUCUUGGGCUGAAAAAUGGGUUUCUAACUAUGAAGAGUCGCAAUCCCGUGGCUGGUACUCGGCAUUGUUGUUGGCCAUGUUAUCAUGUUAUGCCCUCACACUUACUGGCAUAGUUCUUCUCUACGUUUAUUAUACUAAGCCAGAUGGAUGUGAUCUUUCUAAAUUCUUCAUCUCUUUCAACCUCAUUCUGGUGGUUAUUGCAAGUGCUAUAUCUAUCUUGCCUUCAGUGCAAGAACAUCAACCGCGCUCCGGUCUUUUGCAAUCUGCAGUAGUUUCUCUUUACGUGAUGUACCUGACCUGGUCAGCGCUCUCUAACUCCGCUGGUGAAUGUAAUGCCAGCAUUUCUGCCACAAACGAGGAUACUAAGGAAGAUAUUUAUUGGUCAUCCUUCGACAAGCAAUCUAUCAUCGGUCUUGUUAUAUGGGUAUGCAGCGUUCUGUACUCAUGUGUGAGAACUGCUUCUUCUUCUUCGAAGAUUACUAUGUCCGAACAUAUCCUUGCAAAGGAAGGCGCUGGAGGCCAAGGAGGGCUCAUUGCUAACGAAGAAGGCGACGGCGGGGAGGCGGGGCGCGAGGAGACCAAGGUGUUCGACAACGAGGCGGACGACGUGGCCUACUCCUGGACGUUCUUCCACAUCGUCUUCGCACUCGCCAGCUUGUAUAUCAUGAUGACACUGACCAAUUGGUACAAUCCAAGUUCUCAGCUAUCUAAGGAGAAUGUGGCAUCAAUGUGGAUCAAGAUCACAUCGUCGUGGCUGUGUGUUGGCCUCUACGUGUGGACCCUGGUCGCACCCGCCGUCUUUCCUGAUCGCGACUUCAGUUAAGAAAAUAUACCAUUAUAAUAAAUUAUUGAGAUUCACCAAGUAGAUUUAGAUGUACUUUAUUGCAUAUUAUUAUGGAUCUCAUUUUCUAACUUGAAUUUAUUAUCUCAUUAUUUCCAUAUAAUUCUCUAAAAUUGUAUUCUCUAGCCUAUAUCCAUUAUGCAAAAUUAUUAUGGAUUCUUAAGUAAUAUUUUUCUAUAAAAUUCGAAUAUGAGAUAAUACUUUAAAAAUGUUAACUAACACUGGGAACUCUAAAUUUCAAUGUUUUGAAUUAUGUUCUAUAGUUUAAGUACACUUAUUAGUUUGUAGUAAAUUUGUUUUUAAUCUUUAUGAUAACUUUGUUUAUGUAAUAAAACCCAUUUUAUUAUUAAAUUUUGUUUAUACCUAUGAAUGCAAUGAAA